AUGACCACGUCAACGACGGCAGAGACUCCGAGCAAUUCCAAACCCACGACGCUCUCAGUUGCGUCGCCUAACAAUUUCCAAGAGCUCAAAACUCCAGAUGCUCUCGAGGGUGGAGCACUGCGUCCGGGUGGACCUCCAAAUAUCUACAGUCGCGAGACAAUUGGUAUACUGAUCCAGUAUGGUGCAGUUGGAGUGAUCAACGGCACCAUCUACGGCUUGGUAUACCCCCUGCUUAACAAUUAUUUACGCAUGUCGGGUACCGCUACAGCAUCGGCGAGGGUCCUUGUUCGCAUCCCGUGGACCUUCCGGAUGUUCUUCGGUAUCCUUUCGGAUUGCUUUCCGAUUUGGGGGUACCGUCGUCGUCCAUACAUGGUUUUCGGAUGGAUCUUUGCCACAAUUUGUCUGCUACUUAUGGCUGUCUUCCCGACUGGUGAUCCGUACUAUGGAUAUGCCGAUCUAGCCUACGUACCCGCAGCCAACCUCACGGACGACCAAGCUGCACUCAUCAACGAGGAUGCACCCGAUAAAGGAACCAAGUUUGUUCUGCUCAUGAUCUUCGCCAACCUAGGAAUGACCAUGGCAAUUGCUGCUUCCGACGGUGUAGUCAUCGAGUUCGCACAACGUGAGCCAGCCGAAGUUCGAGGCUCUGCACUGACCAUGAUGCAGGUCUUCAAGCAAGUCAUGUCCAUCUUUUCGUCCGCCAUGGUCGGCUUCGGACUCAACGGCGAAGAUUUCGGAGGUUCAUUCUCGGGUUCCAUGGGUGUAAGUGCCAUUGCUGCUGUGUGUGCAGCUGCAGCAUUAAUUGCCGCAGCCUCAUCGUGUGUAUCAAAACUCAUCGCGUUCCGGUUCUUCUACUUUGUGUUCUCACUUAUGAGCGUGACAGCAGUGAGUCCCAUUGAGAGUCUUUGGGCCAAUGUGGAACCUGUGAACGAAGCUAUCUCCAGUAUCCUCGCGGCUUGGAUGUGGCUCGGCCCACCUUUGCUUGAAGAAGUUCCAGGCACGAUUUCCAAGAUUGUGUCGCAGUAUGCCACGAUCGGGAUCGUCGAAGGCGGAAAUGAAGCUGCGGUCUUCGGUUUGAUCGCCACGUGCCAAACGAUCGCUUCUCCGUUCUCCACUGUCAUCUACAAGAACAUCGACGCUCAUUUUGACAUCGGGAAAACUUACCUGCAAGUCGACGAUACCUACGUACGCAACCAAGUAACGUACUGCUACCUCAUCGCGUACGCCUUCCAGAUCUGCGCGAUUGGUUGGGUAUUCCUCCUACCGCGUCAGAAAGCUGAGACGUUGGAGCUCAAGCGUACGGGAGGUAAGAGUAAGUGGGCCGGUAUCAUCACCAUCGUCGUCUUUGCCUUCUGCUUUGUAUGGUCCAUUAUGACCAACCUCAUGACCAUUUUCCCAUCAACUUCGUGCCUGAAAGUCGCCGGUGGAACUGGUUGUUAG